AUGAGGGCAUUCAAUCUCGACCCGGAGCAGAACUGGAGUGAAGGCGCGCCGUGCUCCGACGACGGCACGGGCAGCGGCUUUAAGGGCGUCAUCUGCGACUCCAACGGCAACCCUCGUGCCAUGAUACCCACGCUCGGCAACUCCCUCGUGGGCCUCAGAUCCCUGCCCACCGCCUUCGCCCGUCUCACCACGCUCACUAGAUUAGUGCUGAUCAUGGGCCUUAUUAACACCAGAUUAGAUGACUUCGCCAGACCACUCUCUUGCCUGCCUAACCUAAGACACUUAGUGUUGGAUGGGAACUCCUUUUACGGGCCCGUCCCACCUUACCUCAUUAACUCACCCACUCUAACUGACCUAGACUGGAGAACCGCUUUUCCUGCCUUAGCACCCACCAAACCCUCCGCUGCUUCUUGCUUCCCUCACCUCCCCCUUUACCAUGUCGUUACAGGGCAACAAGCUAACGGGCACAAUAAGGGCCAUGCGUCCCAACCUCACAGCGCUCUCAACUUCCUCACCGCCCCCCUCUCGCCCGCCUCCCGCGUGCAACACCAGGCUUUUGAGCAUGGGCUGUUUAACGCUUCUUGGUCUCUUCAUCGCUCCCUUCCGUGGUCUCUUCAUCGCUCCCUCCCCCACUGUCUCCUCUCCUCUCCCCGUCUCCUCCCCUCUCUCGCUCUCCCCUCUCCCUUCUUCCCCCACUCUCCUCUCCCCUUCUUGCCCCCUCGUCGGCCUUCGCUUGCUGCGCGCCAAAGGCGUCUGUUGCGCCUCACCCGUUCCCCCGCGGUCGCUCCCUUCCGCUCCCUCUUUUCCCCCCCCAUUCCCGCAGUCCCAGGCGCGCCAAUGUUCCCCAUGGGAGCAGCGGGGGGAGGGGAUUCGGGGGAAGCGGAGGAGGGGAGGCGGAAGGAGAGGGAGCGGAGGGAGGAGCUGAUAGCGGCGGUGAGAGAGGGGCGUGGCUCCUGGCAGGAGGUUGCUGCUGCUAUCAGGCAGCUACAGCAGGCGGGCAUGACGGCAGAGGAGGUGGCGGAUGUGGCGAUGCUGGCGCAUGGCCGAGUGACCGUGCUUGUCGUUGCUGCUCAGGUGUACGAGUCGCUGCUGCCAGGCCCACAGGAGGCGGAGGGAGAGGGGCCCGACAGCGGCUUUGACGUGGUGGGAGCGUUCCAAUCAGAGCAGAGCUCAGAGAUGCUCUAUGAGCUGCGCACCCUGCCCACGGCCGGCCGACGGCAAGCAGCGGCGUAUGUGGCGCAGCAAGGGCUGGAUGCAGGGGAAGUGACAGAGUUGGUGCGGGCCAUGAGGGACCAUGCGAGGCGAUCCAACUCCAGAGAGGGCUUCUCAUCAGCGCCUGGGGACUACCUGGCGUUCAUGUGCUUCCGCCUUGCCCCCCUCAUACUCACCCAUCGUAUUCACCCCUCACACCCAUUCCUUCUCCCCUGCUCCCUUCCACUGCAGGGCUUCUCCUCAGCACCGGGGGACUGCCUGGCGUUCAUGUGCUUCCGAGCAGCAGGGGAGACCAGCGGGGAGGAGCGGCGGGAGUGGGUGGAAAAGGGUUUGGCAGCUGCAGAGAGUGAGAGCGCACGGGCACGACUGCGAGAGCUGUAG